CCUCAAUCCAAACAAGCCCUUAGUAAACUCCCAAACACACCCUAAGUAAAACUGUUCCGGCGUGGGAAAAUUCGCAAAGCUCUCUGCCGCUUCUCUCCAUCAAAAUGGCGACGGCGGCUACUUCCCAUCUUCCCCAAAUCUCCCCGCCCUUCAACAAAAAUUGCAAAAGCGCCACCCAUUUCACCUUCUCCAGCAUAAAAUGCUCCGCCUCCAAAACCCUAACCCCUACACCAAGACCGUAGGCCAUAGAUCCUCCCCGUCGUCGAAACGCCUAACCGCCUUCGCUCGCCGCCACCGUCGCCAACACUCGCCCCGGUUCGAUUUCCUCGGGUGCGCCGUAACACCCUCGCGACACCGUCACCAUCUCCGUGGACCCGGGGUCGAGCCUGGAACGAUCUCGAUCUCAUCCAUCACCGGCGCUCCGAAGCUCACCAAACCCUAAUUUCAACUGCGCGGGAUCGCCGCCAUCGCUGCGAUGAGGAUGCUUAAGGUUAGAUCUGGCCUCUCGCUCUCUCUUCACAAAGGGCUACCCUGUCCGGCCUCGCGCUCCUCCGCCGCCUCGGCUGCCGCUGCUGUAGCCGCGGUCAAUGCUAUUUUUGGCAACCCUCUCGAUCCUUUGGAUCUUAUUCUCGCUGGGUUGGAAUCAGAGAAGAGAGUUAGUGGAUAUCAUGCGGACAACAUUGCUCCGGCGAUCCUUGGAGGUUUUGUGCUGGUUCGAAAUUAUAAUCCGUUUGAGAUCAUGCCGUUGGUGUUUCCCGGUGAUAAAGAUCUGUUCUUUGUGCUUGUAAGCCCCGAAUUCGAGGCGCCAACUAAAAAGAUGAGGGAGGUUCUACCGGGUGAGAUUGGGAUGAAAGACCACAUUUUUAAUUCGAGCCAGGCUGCAGCACUGUGGCGGCUUGUGGUGGGAGGAGAUGUUAGGGUUGGGGAGUCAAUGGUGAGUGAUGGCAUAGUGGAGCCGCGACGGGCUGGGCUUAUACCGGGGAUGGAGAUGGUGAAGAGGGCCGUUGAGGCGGGGGCAUAUGGGUGGCACGAUCAGCGGGCGGGGCCCACGGCGGGGGUGAUUGAUGAGGAGGAGAAGGGGAGGGAGAUUGGGAACAGGAUGGUGGAGGCUUUCUGAGGGGGAGGGUUGAAGGCGAGGGCAACAGUUGCGAGGUUGGAUCGAGUUGGGGCGAGGGUUGUUAGUGACGAUUGAGAAGGUGUCAAGUAAUGUGUCUGCAAUCUCCAAGUAGAUGGAUGUGAAUCGUGAUUGUUGUGAUUAGACAAGAAGCUGUAUUAUCAUUAUAUGGUUGAGAACCACUCUCACGAUCUCGUGCAGUGUACUUCUUUUCUGCAUACAAGCGGCUUGGAGAUGCUAAAUGGUGCAGGUUGUGGCUUGGAGAUGCUAAAUGGUGCAGGUUGUUGCUGAACUUCCAUUGCUGUUGCAGAAAAAUAAGCGUGUAGGAAUUUUGCAUGUGUAUCUGUUGUAGCGAGAAUGUUCCUUUGGUUCACCAUCGGGUUUGUAUCUCAAUUAUUUUUUUCCGGAAUAAUUUUAAGUUAAGUUGGAUUUCUUUAGUUGUUCUAUAUCAUCAAUUAUUACCAUACUCUAUUUUGAUGUCAAACUCAUGUUCGAGACGAAUUAAUAAAUGUUCAAGGAAUCCUGAUUGAAUACUGAA